GCCAAAAAGAAGCAAAAAGUUUUUUUUUCUGGACUACUUGUGUAUCUGGAAGGAAAUGGGUUCACGCAGGAUUACAACACGCUCUUCUUCUGGAAAUGGACGGUCGAGUAAUGGGGAUGUCACUCGGCCUGCAAGCUGCAGUUACCUCUCCAACGUGAGGCCAGAAAACAGGAGCACUCUCUGCAGUGUGAUAGCGCAACUAACGGAGGAAACACAGCCGUCCUUUGAAACAACCCUCAAGUCCAAAGCCGUGUCUGAGAACUGCAAUGUCAAGUUCUCUUGUGUGGUUACAGGACACCCUACUCCUCAAGUUAUUUGGUAUAAGGAUGAUAUGCAGUUAGACAGAUACUGUGGACUGCCAAAGUAUGAAUUAUUCCGCAAUGGACAAAAUCAUUCCCUGCACAUUUACAAUUGCACUGUGGAUGAUGCAGCUAUAUACCAGGCGUCAGCCAGCAACAGUAAAGGUAUUGUGUCUUGCUCUGGGGUACUGGAGGUGGGUGAAAUGAACGAGUAUAAGAUCCACCAGCGCUACUUUGGCAAGUUGAAACAAAAGGCUGAGAACAAACGCAGAGAAGCAGAAGGUAAAGAAAACCAGGAGCCGUUCCGAACCAUAAGUCCGGACCGCACCCAGAGGAAGCGUCGUUCCACAAUGGACGCCUUUCUCAGCGCGCCAAGCUCUACAGAGGACGAGGGCAGUGAGGUGAGCCCUCAGGCGGUCACUGAGGAGGCUGAGACCAGGUUACAGGAGGAGGCAGCUGUGGAAAAGGUAGAAGAAAAGCCAGUCCCCAUCACUAAUGGAGCAGUGUCUGCUGUAACUAAUAGACAGGCCAUCAGUGAAAACAUUAACAAGAGCGGGACGUACAUAUAUGACUCUGCCCAGAAGAGUUUUACUGCACACAAGCCAAGAACUCCCUUCGUCAAAAAGAAGCUUAGAAUUUCCAAUAGUGCAAAAGUUGCGAAAUCAGACGCACCAGGAGAGAGGACCCCUGAGGAGAGAAGGGCCGUAACCUCUGUAGCUCUGACCACAACAGAGCCAGUGAGGUCUGAGGGGAAUUCAGAAGAAGUUAUGGAGGUAGAGAGCAUUUUAUGGUCAACUGUUGUGGAUUCAACCUCCAGAAACGUGAGGGAGCAGAAAGCAGAAACAGUGGAAGUAUUCCCUGCUGAGAGGCCUUCAGAGGACAAAGUAUCUGUUAAGGUAACCAUGCCUUCACACAAAGAACUGCUCUCCCUCUCAGUACCUCCAGCCACUCUUACAUCCAGUAGUUAUACUGUGUCAGGAACUACUGAGAAACAAGCUACAAAGCACGAGAGGGAUACUGCUAGGAGAGAUAAAAAAGAAAAAUUGGAAAUGCAGAACAUAAGUCCUCAUUCUAUCUCCGCACAACUACAGCCAAUUGCAGCAGAAGCAAAACAGCAGAGCGAGGUAAAAGAGGACAUUUCUAAAAAAGAACAUGUUUCAGGCAUGGAUGUUGACAAGAAGUCAAGUAGUUCAACAGGAGGAUCUCCAGCACACAGAGACGUUCAGUCAGUGAAUGUACAAGUUGAAAGCUGGACUGUUUUACCUCAGCGUCCAUGUGAACAGGCUGGAGAUCAGCUGUCUGAGACGGAAACAAGCCCCCACCAAAAAAAUGUGUCAGUGUCUGGGCCAACGCUGUUGAGUGAGGUUACACAGGCCCAUACAAAGAUGAACAGGAAUGACGCACCUGUCAUCCCUGAGGUUCAAUCCAACCAAUAUACGAUGGAUGUACAACCACCACAAAGGACUCCAUCUAAAAAAGAGACCAUGACAGAUGACAUCCAGACCCUUUCUUUGCACAGUGUUCCUCAAUCAGCUGAUAACAUAAUGACCCAGGACACACAAGAUCAUACCAGGGGAUCAAAUGAAAUCCAUACGGUGCUUUAUACAGACAUACAGAAGUCAUCCCUCCAAAGCCCGGGUCAUGCUGAGAGCUCCCGUGGGUGUAACGUUUCUCCCUGCGCCAUUCAAAGCCAAGUUGAUACGGCCAUAAAAACUGUUGAAGGCACCAAUCUGCAAGUUGAUGAGAAGGUAGAGAGUAACGAGGCAAGUAGGUCUUUAGUACAGUCUGACAGGUGGGCCCCAAAGGAGAGGGUGGUUGAAAUGGAGACUGACACUGCAGCUCUACAUAUGACUGAACAAAUUGAAACAGAAGAAAUGACAAAGGUGACAAAUCCACAAACUGAUGCUGCAUCUGAUGAAGAAAGUAAGAAGAAUGCACAUGUACUUAAAAGGGUUGAGGGAAACACAUUGGAAACACACAAUUGGAAGUCAACUAGGCGCGAACCAGCUAUGCCACUCCAAACAAAACCUCAAGAAAACACAAGCUUGUCUCAACCACCAAUUAAAGAAUUACAAGAAAUUCCAGAGCCUGUUACGGCAGUUAUAUCAAUAGCUGAGCUUUUGAGAUCACAAAUAAAGGCCCUUGAGUCUACACUUGCCAAUUCAUUAACCACCAUACCGCUUCAUGCUGACUCUGUGCAAGAUCCGCCUUCUACUGGAAAAUGUACGGAGUUUAAAGAUGGAAACAACAAACCAGAUGUCAGGAAGUCUAAGCUUGACAGGGUGACUGAGACGAGUAAUGAUGUUCCUCCUAUCAGAAACAUAAAGGAAACCCUUAUGGAGAUUUAUCAUCAACUAAAUCAAACUGAUCAGGAACUAAUUCAGACUCAGGUUGAAACUUCACCACCUGCCCCCAAAAUGAUUCCACCUAUCUCCAACGAAGAAACUGGCACCACUAUAAAGACUGCUGGGGUUCAUGGUAGUGCCAGAGAAUAUAAAGAAUGUGCAAUGGACAUUUGCCCAGAAACUAAAACAUUGGCUGUGGUUCCUCAAAAACAUUCCACUGAUGUUUCCCUGUCUGGGAGUGAAAGUGUCAAUUCUCUUCCUUUACCUUCCAAGGAAGAACUGAUUUAUAGCUCAAUUUCAAAACUUUCUGGAAGUGUAACUCAAGAAGCAGGUACUCCACUUACAGUGGCACCUUUAAAAGCCAGUAGUCAAGGGGAAAAUAUUACUGUUUUAGAGCAUGCUAAAGUUGAACCUGUUCUUAGCAAAGGCAUCAAAGUUACACAAAGGUUAAGUCCAGAAAUAAAACUCAACAGCAAAACUGAAAGAGAGAUUAAAGAAACAAAUUCUGCAACAGAUUUUGAUCAAUACAAAAAGGAAGAUGAAAAAAACACUUAUUUGCAGAGUUUACAAAGAUCCCCUGUUAAAAGUGCCCCAGGUAAUACUAUUUCUCAAGAUUUGGAUUCUUCAAGGAGUACCCCCCCAGCCAGUCCAACUCCCGAGGCCAGUCCAUUGUUAGAGAGAAGAAAUAGUGUUUCUCCCAUUCCUUCUGCUACGCCACAAGAGCUGGCCUCUGGUGCCAGACGCAAAAUCGUUAUACCCAAGGCCAGACCUGAUGAGGUCACAGACACCACAUCAACAACUGAUAACCAAAGUCUAAUAAAGGAAGUUUCUACACAAAGCAACAGACUUUCUCCAAGUCCUGUUACCCUCUCUACAUCUCCUAGCCUGUCACGGCGCUCACCUUUACUGCAGCCCCCAAGUGAGCCAACAUCCCCCCUAGUGAGGCAUUCUCCGCUGUUUAGCAGGAAGAAGAUUGUACCUGAGACUCAGGCACCAAGCCAGCAGCCCAGUCAGGGGAUACAGACAACCAAAUCUGAGGAGAAGCCUGCGGAGAAUGACAAGAGAGACCCAUUCAAAGCUCCUCAAGUUAUCCGUAAGAUACGGGGGGAAACCUUCACAGACACCUCAGGACACUUGAAACUGUGGUGCCAGUUCUUCAACGUCCUCGGGGAUUCUACAAUCAAAUGGUACAAAAAUGAAGAGCAGAUUGCUCAGAUCAAAAGAAGUGCUGGAGAUGAAACUCAGGUCAACCUUGCCAUUGUUCAGGCAUCAUGCAAAGACUCUGGUGUUUACAGAUGCACAAUCUCUAAUGAAUAUGGGACUGACUCAACAGACUAUCUGCUCAGUGCAGAUCUUUUGGCCGGACUAUCCUUACGUGAAGACCUUGGUGUUGGAGAAGAAAUCGAAAUGACGCCCCUGAUAUUCAGCAGGGGUGUGGCUGACCCGGGCGUCUGGGGUAACAAAUUCUUUGGCCGUGUAAUGAUGCAGGAAUCUCGAAUUGGUGAUGGAUGUUCACACAAAGUCUGGAGGGCAAAGGUCAUCUAUGGUCUUGAGCCUGUGUUUGAGUCUGGAAACACGUGUAUCAUUAAAGUAGGCAACCCCAUCAACUAUGGAGGCAAGGGAGAAAGCUGCCUCAUUGACAGGAACCUGGACUUUGUGAAGCAGGAGUGUAAAAUCCAGAACUUGGCUCGUGAGUACUGCAAGAUCUUCGCCGCAGAGGCCAGAGCAAUCGAACACUUUGGCCCCUCUCUUGAGGUGAUUCCAGUCUACCUGAUUUACCGCCCAGCAAACACUGUUCCUUAUGCCAAAGUGGAGGCUGAUCUGACUGGACUCUAUCAGAAAUACUCUGUCCUGGAUCACACAGGCAGAAUUGACAUGAAGACUGGCUCUGAGGUGGAGCGUAAGUGCUGUGCCCUGCAGCACUGGAUUCAUCAGUGGACCAAUGGCAACUUGCUUCUCACACGGCUUGAGGGUGUUGACACAAAGAUCACCAAUGUGGGAAUUUCAGUGAAAUCGACAGGGCAUCAAGGUUUAUCUGUGGAAGGAAAUGCCAAAGUUUUCGAACAGUUUGUCUCACAACAUCAGUGUAACUACUUCUGUGGUCUGCUUGGCCUGAGGUCACUAAAGGUCAUGGACUCUUUGUUGACACCAACAAAGCCCAAAGGCUCCAGGAGCCCAUUACUUCAACGCAAAACAACUGCUGGCUCUGCCAGCCCGCAGAACGUUCGUAAAGCUGCUGGCAGCCCAAGAAUGCCCAGGAAGACUGAGCAGGAGGGCAGAAACACAACCACUAAACAAAACCCUGCUGAGGCUCCUAAAAUUGUUCAGAUUGAAUAGAGUAAUUAUAUGAGUUAAAAGAUGACAGAUUUUCUCAAAAGGGCAGAAUAUUGAUAAAAUGCUAUAUAUUCUAACUGAUGGAGUUUGAUUGUUCUUUGUUGUAAAUAAAUCAAAAAUCAGAAGGAAGUACUGCUCUAGAGGAAAUGCAGCCAGGAAGAACUGAAAGAAGGAAAAGGCUGAGGAAAUGUCUAUUUUUAAGGGAGAUGUAAAACAUUUCAGAGAGCAGGAAAGAGAUAAUAAAUGAUUUGACUUUUUGUAUUUGAACAGCCACCAUUCCUUGCUGUUAUCACUUGUUGUGUAUUGUUGCCCUCACAUUUUGAGGUGGUUAUGUAUCCUACAUUCAAAAAAUCUUAGGGUUGAGACUACAGUAGUGAGUAGUGACUUUCCUGGGUUUGUUUUCUAUCAACCCAUGUACCAUUGUAGGUUACAGAUUGAGAAUCCUAAUCUCAGGUCAGUAUAUAUUUGUCCUCAAUAAAUGUGCAAUAAAAAUAUUUGGAACAUAAAUGGGCAUCAGAUGGAGGCUGGAUGUGUCAAGUGAAGUGAACAUCAUGGCAUGGGAAUACAUUAUGCCCCAUUGUGAUACAGCAUGUUUUCAAGAAAAUCAACCGUUAUUCUCAAAAAUAUAUCAAACCAAAUGUAGCUUCAUGUGACACUGUUGUACAGUGGCCAAAGGUGCUGGGCUUUUUUAUGUGAACCUGUCAUGUUUACUUGCAUUACAUUGCGAUGCAAUUUUGGAAACUGCACCUUUGCCUGAAUGCAACUGGCUGUAAAAUAAAGGAUAAGAUUUCACGUGUGUUUGGAGAUAAUGUGAAAGUGCAUGACAUGUGCUUUUUAAACUCUGAGUGUCAUUGUUAAUAGAAAUAAGCAUAUUAUUGAGUGGACUGAAUCACUGUCAUGAAAGCCAUCUCCGUCAGUCUAUCUGACAUCAGCAGUCACUCAUUAUAUCUCUGACAAAGAUAAGUAAGUAACCUGGUUAUCUCAGUGACUCCUAUUAUCUGAGAGGACUCACAUUUCCUUCAUACUGAUUUACACACACUGUUUAGAGUUUGCAAAGGCUCUCAGUAUUUGGCCUUAGACUUUUAGACUGUUUGGUAAAGUACCACUUCAUUUUUUGCUGUAUAUUUUCUGGAAUCAUCAUAACAUCAAACAUUUAAUUGAUAUACAUUUCAAUCAAUUCAAUUGCCUUCCUACAUCUCUGAGAGAGGAUUUCGGAGAGAGAGACGCUGAGUAGUAGACCAUUAUGCAUGUUUUACAAGUAACAAAACACAAGAGUCUUUACUCUAUGACUUUUAUACAAUCUAAGAGGAGUACAAGGUCAUCUAGAGCAGUGCUUGUGAAGUGGUUGGUCGUGACCCAUUGAAGGUGUGCCUGUAAAAAAGAAAGUGUCAAAAGUCUAUGAAAUGCUUUUAAAAACAUUUUUGUUUUGUUCCGUUUCUUUGUACUGUCAGUCUGAGAUAAAAACAGAUAAACUUUUCUUUAAAAACAUCUGAUGGGUUGAAAAGAAAAUCGGAAAUUUUUGGGUCACAUAUUUCAUGAAGGAGUUGGAUGUGAGUCCUUAGGCUAGACCAGUUGAGAACCACUGAUCUAGAGAAUGAUGAGUGCAAUGAGAGGUCAAGAUUAAUACAAAACUCUGCAGCUAAGACUUUUUACUGUAGUUACAACUCUCAAUGAAACUAAAAUGUUAUCCUGCAAAUGUAAAUCAGGUUUAGCAGGUCUCAGUUAUUGGGAAAGUAUGGAAAACAAAGAACUGGAAACACUUAAUUUGACUUAAUCAUGACAAAAAUGAAAAAGGCUCACUAAAGGUAUUUGUCCUUUCACGAAUGCUAAUAGUUGUCGAAAUAUUUCACUAAAUACCACAAAUAUUAGCUUUAUGGUGGCGCUACACUUUGUAAGUAAUUUUCACUCUGAAUGUCUGUACAAAAUGUAAUGACACAAGUUGAUAUCAAUAAAGCUGAUGUUUGAUCUACAA